AUGACUAAAAUUAAUGAACUAAACCAAGAAAUAACUGAAUUAAGCAAAAAAGCAACAGUGAGCCACAAGCUCAUUCAAACUGACCCGAUAAUCAACCAGGAGCUUCUCGACACCCAAGAAGUUUUGGGUAGAAAACAAAAAGAGCUGAGUAAAUUAAGAACUGAAGUAAUCGAACUCAAAGCCAAAUUAAGAAUUAGACCUGAGCCUGACUUACCCCAAACUGAACCAAUUAGCCCUUGGCUCUUAGGAGUUAUUUUGGUAGCUGGAGUUGGCUUGCUUUGA